CAGCAUGGAGGAGGCGGGGGCCGCCCCCGCCCCGGAGCUCGCCGAGCUGCGGGCGGACGAAUGUUAUGCUGACUUCUUCAGAGAAGACUUUGAUGUGAAAGCUUACACUUCCCAGUCCAUCCAUCAGGCUGUGAUAGCUGAGCAACUGGCAAAACUUGCUCAAGGUAUUAGCCAGUUGGAUAAAGAGCUGCAUUUACAAGUUGUGGCAAGACAUGAAGAUCUGUUGGCCCAAGCAACUGGAAUUGAAUCCCUGGAAGGUGUCCUCCAAAUGAUGCAAACUAGAAUUGGUGCUCUACAAAGCACUGUUGAUAGAAUUAGAGUUAAAAUUGUUGACCCCUACAACAAAAUAGUGUCUCGCACAGCUCAGCUGGCAAAACUUCAAGCUGCCUGUGACUUGCUGCGGAGGAUAAUACGCAUCUUGUAUCUCAGUAAGAGACUUCAAGGACAACUGCAAGGAGGAAGCAGAGAGAUAACAAAAGCUGCCCAGAGUCUCAAUGAACUUGAUUAUCUUUCUCAAGGGAUAGAUCUGUCUGGAAUAGAAGUAAUUGAAAAUGACCUGCUUUUUAUUGCAAGAGCUCGUCUUGAAGUGGAAAACCAGGCUAAAAGGUUGCUUGAGCAAGGUGUGGAGACUCAGAAUCCUACUCAAGUGGGAACAGCUCUUCAGGUUUUCCAUAAUCUUGGAACUUUGAAGRAUACUAUUGCUAAUGUGGUGGAUGGAUACUGCACAGUCCUGGAAGAGAACAUAAAGAAUGCUUUGGAUAUCAAAGUAUUGACCCAACCAUCUCAAACAGCAACGAGAGGUGGCCCUGGUAGAGCUGCUAUGCCAACACCUGGGAACACAGCAGCUUUUCGAGCAGCCCUCUGGACAAACAUGGAGAARCUCAUGGAUCAGAUCUGUGCUGCUUGUGGACAGGUGCAGCAUUUGCAGAAAGUGUUGGCAAAGAAAAGAGAUCCCGUGUCACAUGUCUGCUUCAUAGAGGARAUAGUUAAGGAUGGCCAGUCUGAUAUUUUGUACAAAUUUUGGACUGCAGUAACCCAGACCCUUUCCUCUCAGUUUCAGUCAGCAACAGACUCCUCUAUGUUUUUGAAACAAGCAUUUGAAGGAGAAUACCCUAAAUUACUGAGGCUUUAUAAUGACUUGUGGAAGCGCCUCCAACAAUACAGCCAAAAUAUUCAGAGGAAUUUUAACACGAGUGGAACUACUGAUCUAUUUGCUGAACURCAACAAAUGGAAGAAGAUGCACAGGACAUAUUCAUGCAAAAAAAUGAAGACUACGAUCCAGAAAAGGCCCUGAAAGAUUCACUGCAACAAUACGAAGCUGCUUAUCUAUCAAAAUCCUUAUCUCGACUGUUUGACCCCAUCAAUCUUGUUUUCCCUCCUGGAGGUCGGAAUCCUCCCUCUUCUGACGAGCUUGACAGCAUCAUUAAAACUAUAGCCAGUGAGCUGAAUGUGGCUGCUGUUGAUCCAGACUUGAGUUUAGCUGUGGCCAAAAAUGUGGCGAAGACCAUUCAGCUUUAUGGUGUGAARUCUGAGCAGCUUCUGUCUACUCAAGGAGACGCCAGCCAGGUGAUUGGGCCACUGACAGAGGGCCAGAGGAGGAACGUGGCUGUGGUUAAUUCUCUGUACAAACUGCACCAGUCCGUUCUGAAGGUUAUCACCAGUCAGAGCUCAUUUCCAGCAGCCGCUGAGCAAACAGUCACAACUGCCUUAAAGGCAGUCCAUGRUCUAAUGGGUAGUGCUGUUCAGCCGCUCCUGAACUCUGUAGGAGAUUCAGUGGAAGCUAUUAUCAUCACUAUGCACCAGGAAGAUUUUUCUGGAUCAUUAUCCAGCUCAGGAAAACCAGAUGUCCCUUGUUCUCUCUACAUGAAAGAGCUACAGGGUUUUAUAGCAAGAGUCAUGAGCGACUACUUCAGACAUUUUGAGUGUUUUGACUUUGUCUUUGAUAACACUGAAGCCAUGGCUCAAAGAGCAAUUGAGCUUUUCAUUCGCAAUGCCAGUCUGAUAAGGCCCCUCGGUGAAGGUGGGAAGAUGCGCCUGGCAGCAGAUUUUGCACAGAUGGAGUUAGCAGUAGCCCCGCUGUGCCGGCGAGUCUCUGACUUAGGAAAAUCUUACAGACAGCUGAGGUCAUUCAGACCACUGCUGUUCCAGACCAGUGAGCAUAUUGCCAGUAGCCCAGCUCUGGGAGAAGUUAUUCCAUUCAGYAUCAUUCUUCAGUUCUUAUUUACAAGAGCACCACCAGAGCUAAAAUCACCCUUYCAGAGGGCUGAGUGGUCCAUUGCCCGUUACUCCCAGUGGCUCGAUGAUCAUCCAUCUGAAAAAGACAGGCUUGCUCUCAUACGUGUUGCACUGGAAGCUUAUGUUCAGUCAGUCAGAACGAGAGAGGGAAAGGAGUUUGCACCAGUCUAUCCCAUAAUGGUUCAGCUGCUGCAGAAAGCCAUGUCAACCCUUCAGUGAACACACCUGGACAAUGCUUUCACACCAGAGAAUGGAUGGUAACMCAGUGGAGGCUUUGGUGUCACGUGUAUUUCUUGUUCAUGUAAAUUAUCCCCAAGUACAUCAACUUUACAAUGAAAUGUGUUUACCUCCUUCAUGUCUGAAACUUCUGCCUUCUUGCUUUAUGUUCAUAUUACAGGAACUUAUACAGAAAUAUUGCAAGGAAAUUGUACAACUUCUAUGUGCUCUAAGUCUACAUCUAAUUGAAACAUUCUUAAGCAUUCCUUUUGAAUUUAGAAAAGUAUAAAAUUAGAACUCAAAUGUAACAGUGUAAUUGCUGAAUAUCUCAAAUAAGGAAGCAGCUCUUUUCCUACAAGUAUAGUUUUAAACAGUUGAAUACAUUUCAGCCGUAUUCAGAAAAUUGUACUUUUGAAAUGUUUGAAUCAUCAGUUUCCAUCUAAAAAUCACUAAUUUUAACACAAGGAAAAAUAUUUAUAACUAACCUAAAUGAUUCUCUAUUGCAUUGCUAUUUCUUAGAAAUAAUUUAUAUUGAUUUCAACUCUUUUUGCUUAAACUGUAAUAAAGAACAUUGAGUAUCCAAUCCUGAAAACAGUAUUUGAAAUUCUUCACUAGCUUUCUAAUGGCAAUUGGAUGGGUUCAUGUAAAGACUUCCAUGCAGAACAUGCUCAUUGCUGCAGGGCUGACUUCAUGAUUAGUCUUCUUCAUUUAAUAAAAUACGCAACACCAAAUUUUAAUGAAUUUAUUUGAAAUAAUAUACAAGAAUAUAGUGUGCAAAAAUCUUAGGGGCAACAUCAUGUAGACGUGUCAUAAACUGAAAUUUACAGUUGUGAUUCUUAAAAAAAACAACGCACAGCUGUUUAGUACAGGAAAAGCCAUGAUUGUAAAUGUUCACAGCAGAAGCAAUUGUAAUCCUACCACAGCUGCUCUAAUUUUAGACAGUUGGAGGAGAAAAAAAAGUAAAGUGCAAGUGUUGCACAUAUAGUUAAGUGCAAAGUUUGCCCCCACCAUAAAGAUGUCUUAUGGCAAAAUAAAAUAUUGUAGAAUAUGUGGCAAAGACAAAACACAGAGUUAUAACUAUGAUGGUGAUGAUAUCAACAGCACCACUUUUCUUGAGAUAAUGCUAUUUAUUUAUUUCAUCCUGUCAGGGCCAUUAUCUCCACCACGAAAUGACAGCUCUCAUUAGUGCCAGCAGAUGCAAAAAUAUGUCCCUUGUGGAUGUAAGUUUUCUAAGUGGCAUCCCGAGCAGCAGCUCUCUUGCUACAUCACAUCAUACUCUCCAUUCCCACACUCUGGUAACUUGCUGGCAGCAGGGCAGGUUGGGAAGCUGCAGGCUGAUCAUACACUUUGCCAUUUCAGAAAAUCCCAGGCCCCAGAAUCGCAAUUAAUAAUACAGUUGUGCAAUACAUAUUAAUCAGCAAUAAGAAUCAAUGUAUAUAAACAGCUGUUACAUAUUUUAAAAUUCCCCUUUUUGUACAUUUUCUUUUAAAAAUAAACAUUUAUACAUAUCUCCUUCUCCUCUUUCUAAAGUACUUUAGCACCACAGGAUAUCCAUUUUUCAAGCCUAUAUUACCUGAUACAUAAUGAAGUUUGGAAGAGAAAUAAGGCAAUUUGGUUUAAAAUGCUGAUAGUUUGUAGCUUACUUAAUGUUCUAUUGUAAAAAGCAAAUCUGCACUCAGAUCAUUUCCAUGAUGGUGCCAGUAUUUUAUGGUCACACRCAGUCACAACAAAUAGUAAGACCUCGAUCUUGCAUCUUCUUGCCAUCAAGCAACAGCCAUUUUGUACAUACAGAGUUAACAGGAAAAUUCUGGCUUAAUGCUGUUGUGAGCCCUGAGAAAAGAGAAGAGAAAACCAAGUUAGUGAUUACCAUGCAARGGGGCACCAAACACUUGUUUUGACAACCACAAGUAUUUCCAAUCAUUGAUCAGUUAUUCAGAAGAAAACRACCAAAACAGACACUUUUAUUCCCUGAUCAUCAAAAAACCAGCACAACAUCUGUCACAGCCUGGAGCUCACUGUCAUUCCUAAGGYUACCAGACUACUAACAGUUCAGCUGAUUGAACUAAAACAGUUAUAAAGGSUAUUUCCUGCUGUAAUACUGAGGUAACAGGUUCUAUAGAUCCUGUUCUCUUGRCCUGAAGACUGUAGGGACAAAGAAAAUCCUACUUCAAGGCAGGAUAGAAAACCUUUACUGAGGCCAAAGCAUCACUACUCGGCUACACAUAAACAUGCCUCUGAGUUGCUGGAAGCUCACAGUGAGCCUAUGAUCUCACCAUCCAAAGCCUAAAACUGCAGUAAUGUAAGAGCAGAAUAAAUAAAUAAUAUUAUUUUAACUAAACCCACAAGGACAUCUAACAGAAGCUGUGACUGUGGAUUAAAAUAGAAUGCAGUGAACAGAGAAACAGCUUGUUCGUAGCAGCUGGGAUUUGGUGGAACCUUCUGCAACAAGGGACUGGAAACUGCACAAAGUAUGUGCAGAAGAAAGAAGCAACUCAGUAUUGGAGGAUUUCUUACUCAGUUUUAAGGCAACACUUGCAUAUGCUCUUGAGAAAGAAGCCUCAUUUACACAUGAAAGGAAAGGGGGUAACUUGAGGAUGAAAUCUUACACCACAUGGAUGAAUGGUUUCAACAGCAAUGUGGAUGAAGUCCAUACCACACUUCAAGCUCCUACCCAGGCAUAAAAUGGAAGAACCUGGCAAGCACUCCAGGCACCUCUGGAUCUUUCCKUUCAAUCUAUCCUUCUAGUUGAACACACAAAAUCUCCUUUCUUUGAUGUUUGKUUUACAUGAUGUUUCAGGUUGAAAGCACUUCUCUUUCUUAAUAUACACACAACCURCUAAUACAUUGCUGCAGACUCUUAGAUUGAUGGCUUUCUACAAAGUGGAAAAAAAUUUAUUUCCCUACAGAAAAGUAGUGUUAUCUACUGUAUUUCUUUUACAACUGAAUAGAGUAACAAAUGAAAGAGACUCAUGGGGAAAAAUUACUUUGCUCCCUCAGUAUCUUCAUACAUGCUGAUAUAAAUUAUGAGUAAGAAAAAUAGUAAAAGGUAAAGAAAUA